AUGGCCUGCCCGCACCUCACCGCCGCCUUUUCCACCCUCGCACCGCCCCGCCCCUCGCAGCAGGUGCACAAGGAAGAGUGCACCCUCUGCUUCGACGACCACGACACCCAAAACGGCAUCGACGUAUGCCUCUCGUGCUUCAACGGCGCAUGCACCGGCGCCGACAACGACCGCAACCACUCCCAGCUCCACUUUCAAAAGACCCAGCACCCCAUCGUCGUCAACAUCAGGCGCGUCCCAAAGCCAAAGCCAGCCAACCAGCAUGACGCAUCGCCCCCCAAGAAGCUCGCCAUCCUCGCAGAGAGCGACGCAGACAAGUUCGACUACAUCACCACCCCGCGCUGCCUCGCCUGCAACGGCGACCACCUCCCCAACACCGAAAAGCUGCAGCACGUCAUCGACGGCGUCAUGAACGCAAUGUCGUCCGCCCAGCAGUCCGAGGUCGAGGCGUGGGAAGAGGAGAUUGUCCCCUGCCACCACACCAGCCACCUCGUCCAGCCGGGAGACGCCCACCAACUCGACCUCGGAUCCCUCGCCAGCUGCGGCAAGUGCGACCUCACCUCCAACCUCUGGCUCUGCCUCACCUGCGGCCACCUUGGUUGCGGCCGCGCGCAGUUUGGCGGCGUCGGCGGAAACAGCCACGGCCUCGCCCACUUUGAAGAGACCGGCCACCCCGUCAGCGUCAAGCAGGGCACCAUCACCGCAGAGGGCACCGCCGACAUCUACUGCUACGCCUGCAACGACGCCCGCAUCGACCCGCUCCUCGCACAGCACCUCGCCCACUUUGGCAUCAACGUCGUCGACCUCAGCAAGACGGAAAAGAGCAUGACCGAGCUCCAGCUCGAGCAGAACCUCAAGUUCGACUUUACAAUGACCGGCGAGGACGGCAAGCGCCUCGAACCCCUCUUUGGGCCCGGCAACACCGGCUUGCGCAACCUCGGCAACAGCUGUUACAUGGCCUCGGUGCUGCAGAGCCUGUUUGCACUGCCCAGCUUCCAGAGCCGGUACCGCGACAGCUACCGCCCGCACACGCUCGCCUGCACCGCCGCCCCCGCCGCCUGCUUCGACCUCGGCGGCCAGGCCGACGUCGAGAUGGCGGAUCCCGCCGCUGCCGCACCCGCCGACGCGCCCAUCUUCCAGGCCGGUAUCCGCCCGAGCAUGUUCAAGGCGCUGGUCGGCAAGGGCCACGAGGAGUUUUCCACGAUGCGCCAGCAGGAUGCCGACGAGUUCCUCAAGCACCUCGUCGACUUCAUCAAGCGCGAGAACCGCCGCCUCCCAGCCGCCGCCGCCGCUGCGCCAGCCAACGACCCGACGGCCGUCUUUUCGUUUGGCCUCGAGCAGCGCCUGCAGUGCAACUCGUGCAAAAAGGUGCGCUAUUCGGUCGAGGCGCAGGAUGCCGGCCUGGGCCUGCCCGUCCCGAUCCGGCCCAGGGUCAAGCCGUCGGCCGGCUCGUCGAGCAAGCAGCCCGCCGAGGGUGUCCACGCGCCCGACGCGGCCAGCAGCGCCAAGGCCGCCAGCGCGCCCGUCGAGUACGAGGCCGUGUCGCUGGUCGAGUGCCUCGACCUCUUGACCGCGCCCGAGGAGAUCGAGUACCACUGCCCGUCGUGCAACGCCAAGGUGUCGGCGACCAAGCAGACGCGCUUUUCGUCGUUCCCCGAGGUGCUCGCCGUGCAGGCCCGCCGGUUCCAGCUGGUCAACUGGGUGCCCACCAAGGUCAACGUGCCCGUCGAGGUGCCGCUGGAGCCGUUUGAGCUGGACCGGUACCUCGGCAAGGGCCUUCAGGAGGGCGAGGAGCUGCUGCCCGAAGACGAUGCCGCCGCCGCUGCGGGUGGCUCGCAGGGAGGCAGCGCUGCGGGUACGGUGACGUUUGACGCGGGCGCCAUGUCGCAGCUGGCGUCGAUGGGCUUUCCAGAGGUGCGGUGCCAGAAGGCGCUGCUGGCGACGGGCAACAGCGACGCCGAGGCGGCCAUGAACUGGCUGUUUGCCCACAUGGACGACGCCGACAUUGACGACCCCAUCGACCCGUCGGCGCUCUUUAUCGGCGGCGGUGGCGGCGGCGGCGGCGCAUUCGCCUCGACGUCGUCGACGACCAACAAGGUAGACACGGCGAUGCUGGAAGAGAUGGGCUUCACGCGCGCGCAGUCGCUCAAGGCGCUGCGGCUCAACCACAACAACGCGGAGAUGGCCGUGGCGUGGCUCUUUGAGCAUUCCGACGACCAGGGCGACGUCGACGACGCCGAGGAGCCGGCUGCCGGCGCUUCCGCCGCCGAUGCGCAGCCCUCUUCUGCCGCGGGCGCGGGUGCGGUGGUGGGUGGCACCACGACGCUGCCGGCUCGGUACGCGCUCAAGAGCUUCAUCUCGCACAAGGGCCCGUCGGUGCACAGCGGACACUACGUCGCCCACAUCCGCCGCGACGUCGGCGCCGGCUCCGGCUCCGGUGAGGGCGAGGGCGAGGGUGAGGGUGCGGGAGAAGGGUGGGUGUUUUUCAACGACGAAAAGGUCGUCAAGGCCCCGCUUUCCGCCAAGAAACCCGUCGCGGACGCAGAGGAGCAUGGCGAUGAGGUCGAGCAGGAGGAUGUUGGAGUCGUUGGACUGUCCAAGCUGGCCUAUGAGUACUUUUUCGAGCGCGUCUAG